UUGUUUACAUGUGUUUUUGUUGCAAACUGAGUUGAUAGAAAAGUAAGCGGUAAAUCGUCAAUACCAUUAACUGUGCUUCGUGAAAUUUCCCCCCCAAUAUAGACCGAUGGAGUGCAAGGGAUUGGCCCAUAAUCUGGAGGCAGUUCAACGCACCGAAGAUGUGCGUCUCAAGGAUUUGGCACCGUUUAGUAAAAUGUUACUUUCCGAACAGCUACGCAAGGGAUUGCAUCAAGCCGGCUUUGUCUAUCCAACGGUAAUACAAGCAACCGCUAUACCUUUGGGAAAAUCUGGAAUAGAUUUGUUGGUACAAUCCAAGUCGGGCACAGGCAAGACCUUAAUUUUUUGCUCCAUUGUCUUGGAGGCCUAUAACAGUGAAGUGCGCGAACCCCAGUCUUUGAUUGUUGCUCCCACGCGCGAGAUAGCCACACAAAUUGAGGAUACCCUAAAUAAUAUAGGAAAAUUCUGCCCCGGUUUCAAGGCGGUAUGUGUGAUAGGAGGUUUGGAUGUAGCCGAUGACCGCAAGCGUGUGCAGGGAGCCAAAGCUAUAGUUGGCACCCCGGGUAGAAUUUUGCAUCUCAUACAAAACGAGGUACUCAAUACAUCUCAAAUCAGUUUGCUGGUGCUGGACGAGGCUGAUAAAAUGUAUACCCACACCUUCCGCCAAGAUCUACAGCGGAUACGCAAUGCUCUGCCUAAUCGCAAACAGACUUUGGCUUGCAGUGCCACUUUCGAAGACAAUCUUGACCAAGAAAUAGCCAAAGUAAUGAAAAAUCCACUGCUGGUGUCUACAGAGGAAAGAGCUACCGUAUUGCUGGGAAUUAAACAAUUCGUCUAUGAGUUGCCGGAGCAGAAAACCAGCAUUUUGGAAAUGCAAUUGAAAUUGGAUGCUCUGAGACAUAUAUUCGGCCGUGUGACCUUCAAGCAAUGCUUGAUAUUUGCUGGUUCCCAAUCGCGGGCGGAUUCUUAUCGCAACUAUCUGGAAAAGGAUGGUUGGCCUUGUGAACUUAUCUCAGGGGCCCAAAAUCAAAAGACUCGUUUGGAACAAUUUCGCAAAUUUCGAGAAUUUAAAACUCGCAUUCUCCUGGCCACUGAUCUCAUGGCCCGAGGCGUCGACUCGGAGAAUGUCAACUUGGUCAUCAAUUUGGAAUUACCCACCGAUUCGGUGACAUAUUUGCACAGAAUUGGCAGAGCUGGACGAUUUGGUUCCCAUGGCAUAGCCAUUAGUUGUGUGGCAUCGGAAAAGGAUCAAAAGACUUUUAAAAAACUCAUAACCGAUGUGGCAACAGGCAUGAAAGUUCUAAAAUUCCCCUCCAAAGCCGAAGAGGAAAAGGAGCAGCGUGACUUGUGGAAUUUUACACAAUUUGAGGAUGACAUAAAAUACUUUGGGCUAUAUCAGGCGGAGCCCAUGCCAAAGGCUCCCCUGGCUUCGCAAGACAAUAUAUCGUUGACACCCUCGUUGUCCGAAAACAAAGAGAAUCUAUCGAACAAUCUAACAUCGCUGCAACAAUCCUCCAUUGACACCAACACCUUUCUCAUCAACUCCAAGGAUAGUGCAGUUAAUAUGCCGCAAUUGACAGAGUCGUCACAGGUUCCCGAAAAGCAGCUUGUGAAUGAGGCAAAUGUCACAGCACCUGCAAAUUCUGAGAAUAUAAAUGCCCAUACACCUUGCGAGUCUAUCAAUGAGGGUUCUACACAUCAACUCAUAACUUCGAAUACAAUUGAUGAUGCCAGCAGCAUUGCGGCUGAUAGUUUGCGCAGUAGUCAACAGGAUAUAUCACGCUAUCAAUCGGUAUUGAUGCAGAAAUCUGCUAUACCUACUUUGGUCGAGUUUUUGGUUGAUCGUCAAUCGUCGCAGGAUACACCGACAAAACGCAAUCAAGACCUGUUCGAUGCAUACACUGAAGAAGUGUUGAAUGACCCAAAGGAUGUGUCAGAGAUUGACGUUGUCGUGGAUGGUCCUGUUCUAAACUCUACCAAAUUGGCUCAAUUAAAGUCACUGCUCAUCGAUAAGCCAACACCAAAGACGCCGGUUAAAGAGAAUGUUGACUUAUAUUCGGAUUUUGCUAACUUUAAAGAGGAAGACAGUUCAAUUUCUCUAUCGGACGAUGUGAACAAGCAAACCUUCAUAAUGUCGGUAACAACGCCAUCCAUACAACAGGAUUCUCUCGAGGAAUUGCGCAACAACUCCUCAGAUUUAUAUCCAGCCACAGAUGAAACCACAGUGACUACAGAGUCUCAUGACAGGGGCAAGGGCCCGAAGCAUUUUCCUUCGCCAGCUCAUAAUCAUGUGCCAACAGGCUUUAUACCCGAUGUCGUACCGGAUCCCAAUAUGCAAAGCAAUAAAAUGCAGCAAAGACAGAAGCUAUCGAUAAAUGUAACAGCACAUAUUGAAAUACCGCCCUAUCAAUCACCUCCCAAUUCGGUAUCGCCCAUUGUCAAUGCAUUGGAAAAUCGCGAGGAAGCAGCAUCACCCUCUACAACUGAAAGCUCUGUGGCCACAUUGUCCAAUCAGGAGGACGAGGGCCAGCAGUCUGGCUCAGAGGCAGAACACUCUGGCGGUAAUAGCAGUGGCUUUGAUGAGAAAACAUCCACUUCUGGUUCAUCAGGGAUUGAAACCUCGGAACCAGAGAGUAAUAGGGCACAGGGAGGAAUACCUGCCUAUGAAACCUCUAGCGAUGAAGAGGAUGACGAAGAGGAAAGUGAUGACAAUGAUUUUUCCUAUGAUGAAGAUGAUGGAGACGAUGAAGACGAAGCCGUGCAUUAUUUCAGUGAUGAGGAUGAUGAUAAUGAGACUAGAAAUUGCGUUGGAGAAGUACUUUAUCGUCGACCCGCUGCUCAAGCUUCUAGUCAAAGUUCAUCAUCGAAUACGAUCACAAAUGCUGAAAAUAAUCCCCUUAAUGUGGCCUAUCAAUCAGCCUAUUCACGUUGGGUGGAUUUGUAUUGGAAUCAAAUGACACUGGUUCAGGAUUAUGUCAAAUUUUUCAUUUUUACACGAGAACAACAACAACAACAGCAGCAGCAGGAACAACAUGAAUAGAACAAAAUAGAAAUAGUUGAUACAAAUCUAGGCCAAUAAAUGGCAUAGGGUAUAAAAGACUUGAUUUGAAUUCAAUUGAUAUGAAUUUUUUCCCCACAAUAUCCUAAUCAAUUUUUGGGCUAAAAAACUUCCUAACUUCCUAAACGAAUUACUCAAAAUGGCACUAAAGAAAUCAGGUAUUUCUUUCCCUAUUAUCAUAAAUUUUUUAUUUACAUGAAUUUACACAAACCUAGUUUAGAGAACAAUAAAAAAAAACAAUGCUGAA